AUGGAAGAAGGAUUGCUAGCCAGUAGUAGCAGCAGUGAUGAUGUCUAUAGGAAGAGCUGUUCUGCAACGCCUGCAGUUAUUUUUAGUACUUCUGUGGUUGCUUGUGGCUCCUUAGCCUUUGGACUGGCUGUGGGAUACUCCUCUCCUGCUGAAUCAGGAAUUAUGAAUGACCUAGGAUUGUCAUUUGCAGAAUACUCGGGGUUUUCUUCAAUUCUGAAAUUUGGUGGAAUGUUGGGUGCCCUUCUGAGUGGCAGAGUCGCAGAUUGUUUUGGACGGAGAAUUACCAUGUGGAUUUUGGCGAUAUUUUUCAUUUUGGGUUGGAUUCUAAUCUUUUUUGGGCAGAAUGCUUGGUGGCUUGACUUCGGAAGAUUGUUCAUGGGAGUUGGAUGUGGACUUCAUUGUUAUGUGGCACCAAUCUAUAUUGGAGAGAUUACACCAAAAGACAUUCGAGGUGGAUUUAUUGCCAUUACAACGUUCACACAAACUCUGGGCUUCAUAUUGAUGUUCUUAGUUGGGAAUUUCUUGAGCUGGCGCGGAUUGGCUGUUGUUGGAGUAUUACCGUGUCUGGCCCAGGUUUUGGGAUUGUUCUUCACACCAGAGUCUCCCAGAUGGCUGGCAAUGAUGGGUGAUGAAAAAGGCGCAGAAAUGGUUCUAUGGCAUCUGAGGGGGGCAAAUGCUGAUAUCUCCUCUGAAGCAGCUGAAAUUGAGGAAUAUGCUGAAACACUCGAGCAAGAACCAAAAUCAAGAUAUUCAGACUUGAUGGACAGAAGAUAUGCUCAACCACUUCUUGUUGGUAUUGGCUUGAUGCUUCUGGUGCAAUUUGGAGGGGCAGACGGAGUUUCAUCUUACGCCAAUUCAAUUUUUGAAGCAGCUGGUUGCCCUGCUGCCAUAUCAUCCACAGCAAUAGCUGCUGUCCAGAUUCCUUUUGCUCCUUUGAGUGUUCUACUAGUGGACAAAGCAGGUCGGCGUCCAAUUCUGAUGGUUACUGCAGCAAUAGCAGGCUGCGGAAUGUUUUUGACAGGAUUAGGAUUCCUCUUUAAGACUCAUAACAUAUGGAUUGACAUAUCGCCCCCGUUGGUGCUGGCUGGAGUAAUGAUAUACUCUUCAGCAAUGGCAGCUGGUAUGGGCAGUACAACUUGGGUAAUCAUGUCUGAGAUCUUCCCUAUCAAUAUUAAAGGCACUGCUGGAAGCUUAGUAACUCUAGGCAACUGGUUUAGUUCUUGGGUUGUCGCCUACGCUUUCAACUUCUUGUUUGAAUGGAAUUCCUCAGGGGUGUUUUUUAUAUUCGCCAUCACUUCAGCCGCGGUUGUUCCAUUCGUUAUGAAGUGUGUUCCUGAGACAAAGGGACGAACAUUAGAAGAGAUUCAAGCAUCAAUGGUCCUAUUCAAAUAA